AUGAAAUCUCGGUUGAAAAGAAAAUGCUGUGAGGCUAGCCUAAAUCGUCUUGGAGUUGAAUAUAUUGAUCUCUACUGCCAACCUCGCAUUGACACCUCAGUAUCAAUAGAGGACACGAUGGGGGAGCAAAAGAAAUUAGUGGAAGAAGAAAAAAUUAAGUACAUUGGAUUGUCUGAAGCAAGUCCUGACACAAUAAGGAGAGCGCACGCAAUUCAUCCCAUUACUGCAGUGCAAAUUGAAUGGUCACUUUGGAGCCUUGACAUCGAGGAAGAAGUAAUCCCACUUUGCAGGGAACUUGGAAUUGCAGUAGUUCCUUAUAGCCCUCUUGGUCGGGGUUUUUUCGGUGGCUAAGCAGUUGUGGGAGGUCUGCCUUCAGUGACCUUACUGUGUACCUUUAAGUUUGUUAAUACACCACUGCCUAAAAUUAUCCAAGCUGCACCUGAUAUACAUGUGGGAGCAAGAUGGGUUCUUGAGGGAAGUGAUAAUGGCGGAUCCAGUUGGCAAAUUUUGGAUAAACAGAUUUCUCAGGUUUCUGCUACGGGCUGGGAAGAACAUUUACCAAAUAAUCGUAGAACAAGAGAAUUGGAAAAGAGCUGCUUGUAA